GGAAAAAAAAUUGUACACGCUUGCCUUGCAGAAUCGGAAAUAACGGCAGAGGAGGAGAUUGACGGGGAAGACCGUGCGACGCCAAUCAGAUUGUUUUCUCUUGCAUGUUGUCUGUGAAACAAAAGUUCUCAGUCACAACCGACAACACACUACCCGACCACGUUGCGGGACUACAACGGAUUUAACGGGCCAUUGGAAUAGGGGGAUAUUCUUGCGUGGAGACAUUUAUAUAGUCUCUAUAGCAGUGGAUGGUUGGAGGAAGCGGGUCCAGGAAAGUCACAGACGACAAUGUAGGCAGCCCAGCCGGAGUCAUAUCAUGGGCUCAGAGGCAGUGGAAGAUUGUGUGCAGGGGGCUCUCUCGUCCCUCUACCCCCCCUUCGAGAGCACAGCCCCGCCUCUCCUCUCUCAGGUUUUCUCUGUGUUAGAGUCGACUUAUCAGCAUGACAGUCUGAGGUACCUGCUGGAUUACUUCAUCCCAGCAAAACACCUUCUUCACAAACUACAGCAGCAUGCCUGUUCUCAGUAUCUGGGUUGUCUGUUCCUCCACUCCGGUUGGCCCCUCUGCCUCGGAGAGAAGAUUGUGGUCCAGCUCUCUACUCUGGACUGGAGGCUGCUGCGCAGUACCGACUUCUACUUGCAGGUGGUUCCCUUCUCCACACGCUGCCCCCGCCUGGCCCUCAAGUGUUUGGCCCCCGGGGGCCGCAACGUCCAAGAGGUCCUGGUGCCCGAGUCACAGCACCCUCUGGUGUUCACUACAGAGUGGCUGCACAGUGUCAACAAGGAGAGGGGCUACAAAAGAGAAGGAGGUGGAGGGUUAGAUACGUGUCUGGUCAGUACGUGUGACGGGGUGGUCCGCCUACCGUGGGAGGAGGUGGUCUACCCCAAGUUCAUCCAUAACCCAUCGGACGACCUGACUACCAUGGCUGACCACCCAACCUCUGUCUCCAACCACACCACCGACCUCACCCCGGUGGUGGGCCUCGGCCUGGGUGGUUGGGGGGGCUCCUCCUCUGGAGAACCAGACUCCUGUUCCUGGGACGAAGAAGACGAUGACCUACCUCCAGACAGUGUAGAUGCAGAUGCCGUUCUACCCCGCCGACGGUGCAGCGAGGACGGGUUAGGGAGGAUGACGAGGCAUCACCAAAUGGCUGGUGAUGGGGACUACGUGGAACUCCUGGAGCCCAGGGGGGGUCCGGAUGGUGGCGCAGACCCAAGGCAGAGGUACCUGGAGAUGCAUGGGAUCUGUAAGACCAAGACCCUGCCGCUGUGUAGAAGGAGCAAGGCUAUCAAGCUCCGCAGAGGGAAAGCCUGGGGGUACGGGCGACUGGACGCAGCCGGAGGCAGUAGGGGCGUCCUGGGGGGUAAGAGGGACUCUGUGACCCACCGGGGGGACUGGUUACCCCCCCGCCCCCUGCCUAGAGUUAUCGAUGUAGGCCGAGCGAGACGGUCUGAGUCGUACCCCUCCUCGCUUCAGAACUCUGAGGAAGGGGAGAAACAGGCCCUUGGAAAAGACCCAGAAGGCCUAGGAAGCCAGGGGCUGUAUUUUGAUGGUCCGUCCAAGGAGAGGAGGCCCGGGGUGGGCAGGGAGAGGGAGGGCAGUGGGUGUAACCUUACACAACCAUGCAGGGACAGCCAUGGAAGUAACAGUUUGGUAGCGAGCGAGACAACAAAUCCCAAAGCAGCGCACGUUGUAGAGGGCCAAUCGGAUCAAAGCUCUCGCUCUGAAUCUGUGUUUGAGGAUGCUGAUAAGUCACUGAGUGGAGACAGCGACGCCAUGCCCACUACAGACACACGAGGAAGUGGGGAGAAUGCGGCGAGGCCAUUGAUUGAUAUUCCAGGAAAUGGGGAGAAUGUGGACAGCCCGUUAGCAGAUGGAUCUGAAACCCAGAAAGGAAGACAUUCCACUAGUGACUCUUGUGUACCAGACAAAACAGCAGACUCGACAGAACACAGAGGGACGGAACGUUCUCUCUCUCAACCCGGUACGGACGCUGACCCAAAGGGAGCAACAACUCCAGAAGAGAGGGCUGAAGGAAAGACGGAGGAGAUAGGAGUGUGUCCUAGAGGAAAGGAAGUCAAAACGGGAGGAUUCAGGGCACCCAGGAGGAAGAGGAAAGGGAGAGGGGGAAAGGGGAAGGCUAAAAGUGGGUGUCGUGGCAACCAGAAGACUCGAGACCAGGCCGGUUCCAAACCACCAAGUAAAACACCUCAGCGUGGUCCCGCCAUCUCCUCGACAACCAACUUGCCAAUCACUACAACCAGCCUAUCAGAGGCAACACAGCAGCCUGAGGGGGCGGAUAAAGAGGUCACAUCAGUCAAUGAAGGACAAGAAAAAGCAGAGAUUGGGGAAAGCAAUACAGAAAACCAGGUUGUCCAAUCAGAAGUCUCACCUGACACAACUACUAGCCAAUCAGGCACAUCCUUAUCUAACCACUCUACAGAGGAGUUAGGGGCAGAGACAUCUCCUGAUCUAUCAAAUGGCCUAUCACCUAAAGCCCCUCCUCUCCUAAGGGAAUUGGACACAGAACUCCUCCAAUCAGGAAAGCUGAUGUUGACAGGUACAGUGGACAGGCUGGGACGGGCUGUGGUUGUCACUGAAACGCACCUCCCAGAGGACAGUUGCCGUGCGGACGAGAUGGGCCGUGUCUUGGCCUGUUAUCACAGGAUCACCCGCUCUUCUGCUAAAGAGCGAGGCCUAACAGUAAUAGUAGACAGUAGACAAUCUCCUCCCUCCGCUCUCUGCCUCGCUGCACUGAAACAAUUACAGGCUGUGGUCCCGGGAGGUCUUGGCUCUGUCCUCAUUCUGGUGGAGGAGCAGCACCAGGAGUCAUCUACACACAGUCUGGAAGGAGUUGAGGUGCACACGGUGCGAGGGACAGGGGUCCUUCAGCAGUAUAUAGACAGGCAGCAGCUGCCCCUGGAGAUGGACGGAGACUACAAACAUUGCCACUCUGACUGGCUGGCCUUCAGACUGAGUGUGGAGAGUCUAACUGAGUGUUGUGAGAGCGCACUCUCUCUGUUGGAGGAUGCACUGCAGUCUAUGGACACAGCACCACUACCAGACUGUAUCAAGACUGUUCCUCUAAGUGUGGAAAAACACAGACAGCUGAUGACGAGCAUCCUAGUCGACCAACGGCUGACUGAGCUGCAGCGCAAGGGUGGGGCCUGGCUGGCAGGGCUGGCCAAUGGCACAUCAGGACUGGCAAAGCGGUCCCCAGACUGCAGAGCUGCUCUGGCUGCGACCUCUAACCUCUAUGACAGCGUGGAUGAUUCCCUCCACCGCCUCGUCCAGGUGUCCAAUCAGAGGGGCAGUGAUCUGGAAGCCCUCGGACGAUUGGCUGCCAUGGUGGACAAGCUGGAAAAGUGCGAGAGGGAGAUAGAGCAGGUCCAGGAUCAGUUGGAAGACUACAGGGAGCCUCCCAUCUCUCUCAGCAGGCUCUCCCUCAAACAGCAGAAGUUCAAGACUUUCAGAGAGUCGGCCAACGAGCUGCACACUGAGACCCUGGCGGUCCUUGGAGAUCUGGAGAGCUGGUCUGAGCUGGACUGGGGGGGACUGAUAGAGGUGCAGGUCAGGGUACCCCCGGUCAGAGAGAGACUCAGAGACAUGUCUCACUGUCUGUCUGACUGCUGGACAACACUGGACAACACGCAGAGACUACUGUCCACACUGACUGAGGCCAACCAGUGGUGCGACGUCAUCUCCUCCACCUCACCCUCCCCCUCCACCCCCCUCUCCUCCCUCCCUCCCAUUCCGCCAUCUCGUUUUCAGGACGCCCGUGCCUUAGCCUUGGAGCUGGGUGGUGGAGCUCUCCUGGACCUGUGGUCUCAGACCCUUGAGAGAUACCAACGCACUGUGGCCCAGGUCAAACCCAGGCUGCUGCAGCAGGCAGAGCGAGGGCAGAACCAGGGCCAGGCCCGGCCCAAGACCCCCUCCGCCUCCAGUCUGUGGGACCUGAUGGGGCCCGAGGGAGAGGGAGACUGGGGUGUCGGAGCCGGGGGAGGGGAGGGAGGCCUCCAGUCCUGGGGGUCCCUGGCUUCACUGUUUCGCCCACAGACCUGCUCCACGCUGAAGAUAGGAGAGGAGAAAGGGAAUAAGAAGGAGGGAACGGGAGGAGGUGGAGGAGGAGCGGGAGGAGGGAAAUUUCUGCAGAAUCUGUUGCAUCCGGCAAAAAAGAGCCCCACAGAAGCCCCUUUGCCCCCAAACCCCCAGGAAGCGUCACCCCAGCUUCGACCUCCAGGCCCUGCUGGCCCCCCGUCGGGGCCCUGCCACCGCCAGGCCUGUAGAGCCUCCUGUGGGUGCAGCCAGCCGUAACUCCCCCCUCACCUGGCUGGGGCGCCGGG